AUGACUGCGACUGUUGCAAGCUGUGAUUCUUCCUUCUCCAUGACAAGUGAUCCACAGCAUCGGCAUCAUCACCGACAUUCCAAUAGUUUUUCAAGCUUGGCAAGUUCCUACUCAGCAACUGACGUCGAAUCGUUGUACGACGAGUUUGAGCGAGCCAACACGCAACAGUUAUUGUUGCGCCCAUUGGCCAUUCUAGCCACUUCGUCACCGGAAAUCAAUCUUUUGACAAGGCAAAGCUUCCCGCAGCAACAACUACAUGCGCAACAUCAUCGACAGGGUAGUCUCUCAUCCCAAUCAUCUUUGUCCACAUGUUCCAGUCACCAGGGGCCGCCCAUGUUGCCCACAAACUUGUUCUUGCCUGAUUUUGCUUUGGAGGCGAGUCCUACAGAUACUGAAUUCAGGAGAUUGCAGCCAAGAUUGCUUCCACCCGAAGAUUCGGACGAGGACACUGAGAACCAGCACUACCACCACAAUCAGCGUAGCGUCUCGUUUUCCAAACGGAAGAGUGGUCCCAAUCAUCGUGUGCGAAAGUCGCGACUAUCGCAGCGAAAGGGACCAACGCACCGUCGGAUAUCCUUUGAUAGUCUUCCGACUUUGGAGGAAAUGGAAGGGGAGUUCCUCCGAGCCUGCUCGGUGCAAUCCAAUAGGAAGAGUCUCAAAGGUCGAAAAAGUGAUUUCUGUUCAUGA